AUGGCGUCUCGCAGCGGUCCUGAUGGAGAACCUUCGGGGCCGAGGUUUCGCCCAAGAGACGGCCUACAUCUCCGACCGCUGAAUGUCGAAAAGGGAUCACACAGGGCCGCACUUUCUCAGCGACGUAACUUACUGUUCGUGGCCUACAGCCAUCAAAUCUAUGUCUGGGAGCCUGCUGGCUCGUUGCAGAUGCUUGGCUGCCAGCCUGAAAUGAUCAUUACUCCUGUUAUGAAGGAACCCCAUAGCAGUGGCUAUAUAUCGCCAAGCUUCCCUCAUGCCAUUAACAACCUUCUCGUGGAUGAUCUCGGUCGCGAGGAAGUGUUGCUACUUGUCACUGACUCGGGUAAUGUCUGUGGUUACCGAGUCGAGGCAAUUUUCUCGGCGCUGAAGCGCGCCGCAGAAAACAAGGAAAACGACAAACGCCCGCUUGACGGUUCCCAGGUGGACCCAUUCUUCGUUGAGUACGUGCAGGCGAGCGCCUGGGGCUUGGCUAUACAUAAAUUUGCGCGGCUUAUCGCUGUAAGCGCAAACACAGGUCUCAUCACUGUCUUCGCAUUUGCGCUGGUAAAUCCUACAUCUAAAGACGGUAGCGAUGAGCUGGAGAAUGACCCCGAUUUUACGGACUACGAUCAAACCUGGUUGGACCUUAGGGGUAAUGAGCAAUUUGCGCAAUUGCAACGACUCAUGCCGGACAAGCAUCGGACAAGAAACAUCAAGCUCACCUACACUGGGCACUUCUCAAACAUACCGUCUGUCGGGUUCUAUAACUGUGAUCUUGAUCCCAAUGGAACAUGGAUGGUCAGUACUGACAUCGACAACAAGCUUCUUGUGUGGAAAAUCUGGGAAAGCCUGGGCCCAUUCAACGUCUAUCACUUCAACGAAUCUACUGUCAGGUCGUUUCCCGAGACUUUGCGUAAUGACACUGAAAGAGGCUGGGCCGUCCUCGCCCUUGACCCGCGCACCUUUCAGCCAGUCAAGACUACAGAAGAGGCGUUUGGCGGCCAGCCUUUGCGUCGCAAGAAGCGCGGUCAGGUCGUUCUCGACAUUACGAGAUUGAGCAAUCGUAUACCGGAUGCUUCACAUCUGUACAACUACUUUCCUCCCGCAGUCAGGUCUGAGCCUGGUCAAUCAGUUUUGCCUGACAUUUUUGGAGCGGACUGUCGCAUCAGUAGUGACACUCAUAAACAGGCCUAUUCGACAAGGCCCAAAGGUCAUCCCCAGAACCGCAGCAGCUCUUCAGACUCGGAGCCUGCUGGUGAAGCCAAUCAUCCCUCAGAGGCAGCCGACAGCCUUGAUUAUCAUGCUGCAGAUGAUUCGGCUGCUGAGGACGAAGGUAGUGAGUCGGAUAUGAAUUCGGACCCAAGCCAGAGAGCUUCGAACCAGGAUGCUGUCGGAUCUGGCGACAAUGGGAACACAAAUAGGUUCCACAACGCAAACGUCAAUUUCCGACGUCAUCGUGGACAAGGACCUUUGACAACCGCGGAGUUUCUUCAGUUUGCACUGCUAGAAGCCUUAGGUGGCGACAUCCCGGGUGCCGAAGAAUAUCUUGACGACAAUCUAGAUUACUCAGAUAUCGACGAGGACAACCAGGGAGAAGAGAGUGAUGAUACUGAUGAGGAGAUGGACGACGCUGAGGAUCGUUCCUCCGACAGUGAUGCAAUUUCCGACACUGGACUACCCGCAUACUCGGGUUCCGAUGCUCUAUUUCGGUUUUAUUUUCCGAUCCUUCAUUUUUCACAGACAGAAAUUCGUCUGCUUCCUCACCCUCUUGCGCCACAACCCAGUGUUGUAUGUGGGUCGCCGCUCCGACAGGCUUUUACCAGACCCAUAGUCUCCAUACGGGCGUGCGAUCGAUUUAAUAUGGUCAAAUGCAUUCCCGAGCACGGCAUAGUUGUUGCGGCAUCCCAGAAAGGCCGUGCGGCUGUGAUAGCUCUCACGCAAUCAGAAGAAACCGGCCUGUCAUUUAGAGUCGAUUGGAUAGUCCCAUUCGCGAGUCAGGAAAAGUUCGGCGAGCGUCCAUUAGUGCCCCUGUUAGGCAUGAGCGUCAGCCCCAUUCAGGGAUUCGAGAUGCCUCCAGAUGUGCCCUACAUCCCUCGCGACGUGGGCGACGGCAAAGAAUUGCAUUUCCAAUUUAAAGAUAUGAAUCAUGACAGGAGCAAAACCUUCACUCCAUCCCCCAAUAUCAAGGGUGAUUCGAGAAAGAUAUACGCUCCGACAUUUCCUUCUGGGCCCGGGCUGAGACAAUCUCCCACAGAGCGUGAACAACAAUACCCAUGCACACUGCCUGAGUGUCACGCUAGAGCGACCCGGGCCUAUCAGCCAGAGGAGCAUUGGCGAGGCUGGAAUCCCUCGCGUCGAUAUCGGCUGCUGUUGAUGUACGAUGAUCAUACCGUAAUGAGCUACGAGUUCUGGUACGACUGGAAGACGAAGUUUGUAUCCGAGGAAGAGGACGCAACGGACCAAGACGAGGUGCUCAUUGUUUGA